UGCAGUGCAGUGCGCGGCAGCUGAGCUACAAUGUACCUGCAGCGAGACAGAGGCGCCGUCACAUGAUCAGUCAGCUGGUGUUCAGCAACAUCCGCCUGACCCGCCACUGUUUACAAACCAGACCAGCGGAGAGCCCGACGCGGCGGAAUGAGGAGCCCCGCGUGAAGAGAACCCAACAGCGGCUAUGCUGAAAUAAAGACCAGUGGACCGGUUCAGCCGAUGACUGAUGCCAUUAGUGAAUCCUUAGAAGUCUGGACUUUGUUUGACAAAUGACGGAAGGCCUUUUCCACAGCUGAAAAACUAAUCGUCCUCCUUCCUCUGAGUCUCGGCUGUGGAGAAUCACAAGGCUGUGACAGGUCCGGCUGGCUCGUGGCCAUGCAGCAUCCCAACUUCGAGACUCGCCAUCCGCUCCAGACAGAUGAGCAGCAGGAGACGGGGUUCGACCCACUGCAGAACUUCAACAAGAACCGCAGCAGAGGAUCACUUGACAGCAGCAGUUUAUCACAGUCUCAGUCAACCUUCCUCUCGUACAGGAAAGAAUGGGACGACUUGUUCCUCAACAGUAAUUACCUGGCCAGGAUCCGGCAGGCAGGCAUCAACGGUCGACUGAGGAGCAGCCGCUUUCGGAGCGUAUGCUGGAAGUUGUACCUGGAGGUUCUUCCCGAAGACAAGGGGCAGUGGAUCAACCAAACCAAGGAGCUCCGAGCCAAGUAUGAGAAGAUCAAAGAGAUGCACAUCACUAACCCCCGCAAGGCUGCAGGCCAGCAGGACCUGGUGGUCAACAACCCUCUGUCCCAGGAUGAGGGGAGCCUGUGGAACAAGUUCUUCCAGGAUAAAGAGCUGAAGGGGAUGGUCAAACAGGACGUCUUUAGAACGUUCCCUGAGAUUCGUUACUUCCAGGACGAGGACGUGAGGACCAAGCUGACAGACAUUCUCUUCUGUUAUGCCAGAGAAAACGAACAGUUACUGUAUAAACAGGGGAUGCACGAGCUGCUGGCUCCGAUAGUGUUUGUGCUGCACUGUGAUCAUCAAGCCUUCCAGCAUGCCAGCGAGACGGCCAGCCCCAGUGAGGAGAUGAAGUGUCUGUUGAACCCAGAGUACCUGGAGCACGAUGCCUAUGCCAUGUUCUCACAGCUAAUGGAGACAGCAGAGCCGUGGUUUUCCAGCUUUGAGAGAGAAGUGAGGAAGGGUAAGGAAGAGAUGCUGACCAGCAUCCCAUUCGCUCGGCCCCAAGACUCGGGACCAUCUGUUGCCAUAGUGACCAAAGUCAACCGCAUCCAGGACCAACUGGUGAAGAAGCACGACGUGGAACUGCACAUGCACCUCAACCGCCUGGAGAUAGCCCCGCAGAUCUACGGCAUCCGGUGGGUACGUCUGCUGUUUGGCAGAGAGUUUCCGCUCCAGGACCUGCUGGUGGUGUGGGACGCCCUGUUUGGUGACAGCAUCACACUGGACCUGGUGGACUACGUCUUUGUAGCCAUGCUGCUCUACAUCCGUGACGCUCUCAUUGCGAGCAACUUCCAGACCUGCCUGGGCCUGUUAAUGCACUACCCUCCACUAGGAGACAUCAAUUCUCUGCUCCAAAAGGCUCUGUUCCUGCGAGAUCCCAAAAACAACCCGCGACCUGUCAACUACCAGUUUCAACAGAACCUGGAUUACUAUAAAACAAGGGGAGCUGACCUGAUGAACAACACACGGUCCAGUACAAAAACACCCCCCCUCAACAUCAACAAGGUCUCCAGCAGCCUGCUGAGCUUCGGCAGGAAGCUCAUCUCUCCAGCCAUGUUAAGUGGGUCCGGCGGCAUCUCGCCAAUUAACACCGAGGUACACUCCUCCUCAUCCUCCUCCUCAUCUAAUUCCCCCGCCUUGGCCCCUGCGCCCACCCUGCCUCACCCACUGGCGGAGCCACCGUCAGGACACGCUCCAGCGCAGACCCCGAGCCUCGCCCAGAAUCAGCACUAUCGCCUGCUCAAGUCCGAGAGCAUGCCUGUUCACCUCAGCAAAGAUGUAGUUUCAGGUGGAGCAUCUAAGGUCUCUCUCCCAGCCCAGACUCACACUGACACACAAGGGCAAAGCUCCAGGAUGGUCAGCUCCUCUCCCAGCAUAGAAAGUCUCUCUGGUGAGCGGGGUCAGUCUGCCGCCUCCCCGCCCCUUCCCCCCUCCAGAGGCAGCGAUGCCAGCGCUUCAUCCCCGCCGCUCUCUGCCACCAAGAAAGAGUCCUUCUUCAACAUCACUCGCUCUCGCUCCCACAGCAAGACCAUGGGCAAGAAGGAGGUGGAGGAGGACCUGGAAGGCCAGGUGUCUUUCCUGCAGGGCCAGAUCAACGACCUGGAAGCCAUGAGCAAAUACUGUGCCAAGAUGAUGAACACACACAUCUGUAAAAUCCAAGAAGUUAUUCUCCAAGAACAGCUGGAGAAAGAGGACGAGGUCCUGGUGUCACUAGCUGGACUCAAACAGAUCAAAGACAUCCUGAAAGGGGCGCUACGCUUCAACCAAAGCCAGCUGGAGGCGGAGGAGAACGAGGAGAUUACUAUCGCCGACGAUCACUACACCUCCACGGCAGCUGCCGAAGCCGCUCUGGCCGCCAACAGUCACCACGGUGACCGCCAACAGAAAGCAAACAGCAGGCGGAGCCAGGACUCCGAUCUGGAGGGCAGCGUGAGCACGGACGAGAAGGAAGAGGAGGAACAGGCGAUGACCCCACCUGAGCAACAGGUGGCGUCUUCCCUCGGCUCAGAGGGUAAAAACUGGGACGACUACAUCCUUGUAUCCCAAGAUGGAGACCUGCAGGCUCCUGAGGGAGGAGGAGGAGGAAGAGGAAGGGCUGCAGCUGAGCAAACCCCUCCAAUCAGACGAGGCCGCGGCCUGGUGCGAAUGGAACCCGAGGGCGCAGCUGGGACCUUCCACGACCCACUGAUGGCGGGCAUCAUGUCGGGCUCCUCCAGCCCGGACGAGGGCUCCACCCACAGCAAGGACUCUGACUUCACCAUCGUCAACCCGAACGACCUGUGAACAAGCAAAUCACACCUCUCCUCCUCCCCAUCCCCCUCCUCUUCUUAUACCUGUAUCAUCCAAGAAAACUGACUUGGGAUCAGAGAGGGUGAAGCACAGCUGGAGCUGCUGUCAGUAAGAAAAUUGCACACGUGGACUGUGACACUUUGAGUCACAAAUACCUUAUACUCUGUCUCUUUAUCUGUCACCUGUGCCACCUCAGUCCUGUCUGAGCUGAUGCUAUAUGCCAUCUCAUCUGCCUAUUGCCCUGUGUCCCGUCACUCAUUUAACAGUCUUGCUCUGCUCUACAGAGAGGGGGCGCCACUGCACUUCUCAACUGUGUCACUGAAAAGUUGGGCCCCCAAACUGCGAUUUACUUUCUGGGGGGAAAGACUUCCUCUUCUGAGCCUGCUGUACUGAUCGAGAGUGUGAUACUCCCGUUUUCUUCUGAAUGUGGAGAUCUGGCCAUUUCCCCCGUCUGUGUUUUGUCUGUCUAUCUGUGUCCUCACAGAGGAAGCUCUCUUCUCUGACACUGAAAAGAACAGAGGAACGGGACGACGUCCUCGCAUCAGUUGUCGAAGGGCAGCUCUCCUCCCCCUUGGGAAGCAGUGCCUCUGACCAUUAAUCUUUUCUCAACCAAACAAAACCUGACUGUGAUCUUAUUCUUUUUUGUUAGAUUCUUUUUUUUGAGUCCAUUUUUUUUAACCCUUAGACAUUUAGUUUCCUGGAUAAACUGAUUAAAUUAUGGAAUAAGUGUGAUUAUUUUUUUUCUUCCCUUUUUUUUGUUUUUAACAUCGAUUCCAAUGUGGACAUUUUAAUGUGAUAACCGACACUUCUUAUUUCUUGUGUUCUGUUGAAGCCAUGUAAAGCAGCACACACAAAGAAUGUCCCUCUAGCUGCCCAUCCAGCAUUAUUAACUCUAGACCAAUAAAAUGACAUCGCUCUUGCUA